AUGGUUUUAGAAUUACAGCGACCACUUCUUCUACCAGAGAACCGGAAAAUUCGUCACCUGCAAGGCAUAUCACUUCGUCGACUUUGCUUGCUCAGGCCGUGCGACGAAACAACUCAAGAUACGGCUACAUCUUCGUCCCCACAGAUAUCAUCGUUCUUUCAAAAUGAUCCUCAAUCACACACUCAAGAUGAAUGGAAGCCAUCUGGGUCUCAGAAUUCAGGCCGGCGCAGUACCCUCUUUGCAGGAGCGGCUCUUUUUUCCCGUCAGAAAAAACUUGAGCAGGUAAUAGCUAGCAGAGUGGCAGAUACUUUUAUCACUCUUCAUUGUGCUAGUGAAAUUGAUCCUAUAUAUAUUAGUGAGGUAGUGGAAGAUUCAAUGAACCCUACCUUUCGAUCAUUUGAUCUUUCUAUGUUUGGGCCAGCAACCACGCGCUUAGACACCGUGAUUGUGAAAGUUUGGGUCAAGAGAGAGGAUUUUGUUCUCCUGAUCGAGAAAAAUGUUUGUCUCAGUUCACUCAAGUAUAUUGGGCGACAUGAGAAUCAUUCUUUCCCUCCUAAUUGUAUUCUCUUCCACUUGAUUGAUGGCAUAUAUACAAGCUGUUUAUCCACGCAAAAACCAAAGCCAAAGCCAGGCAUCGUCCUUCCUACAUCUUCAUACAAUGCUUUAAUGCGAAUUAUAAAUAUCGAUGUAUCGUUGCAGGAUGCUCUCGUGACUCGUGAAGAACUGGCUACCCAGAUUAAUGCGGUCUUGAAUACCAAAGAGCUGGACGAGGCACUUCAAGCUCCUGAACAUAUAGCAUAUGCCAAGAAUUAUCUCAGCUCUAGUCGGAAGAUUCUCAGAAACUCCAUAAAACGAAAGAUGGACCUGAAAACCUCAAUCGAAGCACGUAAUAAGGCCAUUUUGAUUGGGAAGGAGGUCCAACAAAAAGCAAUUGAAGAUAUUAAAAAUGCUCAAGAAAAGCUCAGUAACUCUCGUAUACUAGUUACUAAUACAACAUAUAAGCUUUGGGGACAGCGAAGACGUAUUUGUGAAGAGCUCCAAAAUAUCUACAAUAUAGAACCGACCGCUCAACCCCUCGUCUUCAAAAUUUGUGGCCUACAACUUCCCAACUCAUACUUUGAAGACGUAGACGAAGACAUUAUCUCAGCAGCCUUGGGUCACGUUGCCCACUUGGUCAAUAUGUUGCAGUACUAUCUAUCUAUUCCAUUACCGUAUCCCAUUUCUCCACACGGUUCCAGGGCCAUUAUUCAGGAUUUUAUAUCAAUUCUACAAGAUAGUCAGCGUAUAUUCCCGCUGUAUAUGAGGGGGACGAUUCGGUUCCGGUUUGAUUAUGGAGUAUUUCUUUUAAACAAGAACAUCGAAUGGUUAGCUAUGAGUCAAGGACUUAAAGUUAUGGAUAUCCGACAAACAUUAUCAAACCUGAAAUAUUUGCUCUACAUUUGCACAGCUGGUAAUAGUGAAAUACCAGCACGAAAGACUGGUGGAAUAAAAGGUCUCCUGGCUCAAACAGAUAUGGAGACCGCAGAAAGACAUUGA